AUGAAGCCGGCGGGCCCUGGAGGCGCCCCCGCGGCCGAAGGAGGCGUCGGCGUCGGUGACGGCCAGGCUCCCGGGCUGCCUCCGCUCUCCUCUCCUCCCGCCGGCCCGGCGUGGGAGCAAGUGGUGCACUCGCGCUCGCAGGCGCUCUUCCGCGGCGGCAGCAGCAGCAGCAGUAGCGGUGGCAGCAGCGGCGGCGGCAGCCCAGUGCUGGGCGACGCCUUGAAGCUGCUGGUGCCCCGCUCGACGGCCUUCAUGAGCUCGGAGGCCGAGCUCUGGGACUUCCUCUGCAGCCUCCGGCACGAGUUCUCGCCGGUCAUCCUCCGCAGCAAGGACGUCUACGGCUACGCCUCGUGCCGGGCCGUCGUGCCGGACUGGCCCCGCGGCUGGCCGCAAGACGAGGAGGACGACGAGGAGGCGGCGGCCGGCACCAGCAGGAGAAGCAGGAGAGGAGGAGGAGAAAAAGCCCCGGCAGCCGCCGCCAACAAGAGGAAGCGCCCGCCGACCGACGCCAAGAGCCGCCGGGGAGGAAGGAGGGCAAAGCCAGCGGCCAAGAAGCCCAAGGAGGACGGGCUGAUUCCGCCCCGAAAGCUCUGGGCUUGCGAGAAGCGGCCAGUCCCUGCCCGACGGACCCCUUCGGAGCCGGAGCCGCUUCCCGAUCCUCCGAUCCCGGCCGAGAUCCCGCUGUCCGCCUUCCCGCCGAUCAAGGUCCGCGGCGACAUCUGGGAGCGGCGCAGCUUGGAAACCGCCCGCCGCCGAGCGCAACGCCUCUGGAGGGUCGACCUGGCGCCCGUGGUCAAGUUGCGCCGCAUCCCGACCUCCUGGUGGGAGAAGACGGCUUAGGAGGAGGAGGAGGAAGAGGAGGAGGAGACAGAAGGAUGUUGUCUCACUUGACAGUGCUUUAACAGAAGGGGGCCCCUUGGAGGUCAUCUAGACCAACCCGCCUGCCCUGCAUUGGAGGAAGCCAUCUAGUCCAAUCCCCCUCUACUGGGGGAUUCGAACUGCUGAACUUUAUGUUUAUGACUCUUUAACCCCCAUUCAGAAGACCUUUAGGAGACACGUGUCCAGCCGCCUGUUUACACAAGUCCCUGGUUUGUUUUUUUUGGGUCUGGAUGGCGUGGUCCUCUCUUUUAUUAUUAUUAUUAAUUUGUUAAGGACACGGGGCGCUGCACUUUAAAAAGGGACAAGGCAAGGGGGGGCUGGCCACCCUCCCCCCCACUUUUCGUCCUUUCGUGGUUUUUGCUCGCGAGCCAGAAAAAAAAAUAAAAAUAAACUGGGAUUCGGUUUCGUCUGGACGGCGUGUAGAAACCGAGGCAAACCGGCUGAAGCCUUAUUGACAUCCGCUUGCUUUCCCAAUGGGCUACCUCACUUUUCUAAGGGAAGCGCCGUUAACUUUUGCUUUCUUCCAAAGAACUUGGCCCCGGCUGCAAUAAAAACGCCAAUCCAGGAUUAGGGUCUCCUGCUUGGGAGAGCAAGGGGGUUGGACUAGAUGACCUGCGAAGGUCCCUUCCAACUCAACGAUAAUCUGAUUGUUGGUUUUCCCCCCCCCCCUUCUUUUCCUACAAUGAAUCUGACCUUUGUAUUAUAUUGCACUAUAUACUCAGGGUUAUUUGAAUAUGCGAAGGGUUUUCCAGUUUUUUUUGGUGGGGGGGUGAGCGUGAUGACUCAUUGGCUUUGACCAAGGAAGUUUGAGGAAUUGAAAACUUUAAAAGACUGAUCCGGUAGUGCAAAAACAUUUCAUGCUGUUUCCACCCCCUUUUUUAUUAUUAUUAUUAUUAUUAUUAUUUGUAAUUUGGACUUGAUAAGACACCGUUUUGAUAUAGUAACGUGAUUUGUAGCUGUUUUAAAAAGUUUUAUAGUUGGAAUGAACUAGGGGUUCCUGUAACGGCUUCAAGAGUUUGUAUUAGAUGCACGCUCAAUUUUAUAUUGAUUUUUUUUUGCUUUAGAGAAGGUCCUAUCAACCGAAGUAAA